AUGCAGACUCAAAUUCAAUCUCCAAAAACUUCAGAGCACCUCCUGUCAUGGGAGCUGUUCCAGCAUCAUUACGAAGAUGGCCCACGUUUCGACGAGCUGGAACGUUCAUAUCUCAGAGCUAGGGCCAUUGGCCGGCUGCAUGCACUAACGCUUGAGGAUGUGCUCCAUUUGAAAACUAAAUUCUGGGAUGUACAUAGAGACAAGAUCAUUGUGCGAGACACCACUGCACAGAUAUUGGUCACCAUCCAAUAUAAUUUGGUAGCCGGCACAGUCGCACCUUUUGCUCUGGAACGACCGGACCUGCAGCCACUGAUGAAGGAGAUCCUGAAUUUUGAUAUCUCAUCGCCAUUCAUGUUGAACGAAGUGGGUCAUGGUUGUGAUGCUAGAAAUAUCGAGACAACUGCAACUAGACAGCCUGAUGGAAGUUUCAUCCUAGACACACCUACACCCGAAGCGAGGAAGUUCAUGCCCCCAUCUAUGCCAAUUGCCGGAGUCCGACGUAUAGCUCUUGUCUUCGCACGUUUGAUAGUGGAUGAGGAGGAUCGUGGCAUCAGGCCAUUUAUAGUCCCCCUCAAUGACGGAAAGCAGAUGAACAAAGGUGUUCAGUCGUGGCUUCUUCCCUCAAUCACCGGAGGCAAGAUGCUAGACCAUGCCCUGACUUCCUUCGACCAUGUUGGUCUGCCAGCCAAUUCAAUGCUCGGGGACUUCGGAAAACCUGCCAAUCUGCGUGUACAGUAUUUAGCAGCCAUUCAUCGGCUAGGUCAUGGGGCACUGGCAUUGAGCCUCUGGGUGAUCCCAUUUCUCAAAUGUGCCGUUUACUGUGUAGGCAAAUAUAGCCAGCGUCGAACCGUCCAGGAGGGUGCAGGAGGAAAACGCGUACCCAUAAUUUCCUUCAGGACGCAACAACUUCCAAUUUUACACUGCCUGGCACAGAUUGCGGUCAUGGACGCAUUCGCUGACUGGGCAACGGAUCAGCAUAGCAACAAUACAGCUCUCCACCCUGGGACGAAGCAUGGCUUGGCGGUGAUCCUCAAAGCCGUAUUUCUCCAUGAUGGACAGGCGAGUCUGGCAAAUCUAAUUGAGAGAAGUGGUGCCCAGGGAAUGUAUCCGCAUAACCAAAUGGCGGCAUUUGAGGCCUUGACCCGAGCUACCGGUAUCGCGGAGGGUGAGAUUUUGGUUUUAUCUAUUCGCCUUGCCACCGAGGUCUUACUCGGUCGAUACACCAUUCCUGAACCCAUCCAGCCUGGGUGUCUGCUAGCUCAGCAUGAGAAUGGAAUUAUAUCCGACCUAGCUGAAGCUAAAAUGAAAAUUUCCGACCACCGUAAUGAUGAUUAUAAUCGACAAAUCCUCCCACAUCUUCGGCCAAUGGUUGUGGCCAUCGGACAGCGCAUGGCGUACGAGGCUGCCCUCAAUGCUGGAGUAGACAAGGAUCUCCUGGCGCUAUACGAGGCUGGUGCUGUAAAGUCGGACUCUGUCUGGUACUCAGAGAACCUUGGUAUCGGAAGAGCAGACCAAUCCCGAACAGAGUGUCAUGCACUUGAUGCUGUUCUACCCCGUCUUGAUGAGCAUCUGGAGAGGCUGGAAAUUGAACCAUAUUGUACUGCUCCGAUGCUAUCUCCUGACAGGUGGCAUGGAAUUGUCAACGCUGUUCCUACCCUGACAGGAAAUUCAGAGGCCAGGUUUACGGGAGCUGAAAGGAUGACUUCUAAGCUCUAG